AUGACUUUCACUCGUACAACAUUGAUGCCCCAAUUCCUCCCCCCUGCACAACCUGCUACUGCUGGCGGCCCUCCCCAGCCUCAUCCUUUGGCUAAGAAACUCCAGGCCUGGGUCAAAGCCAACUACGACAACGCUAUGAAGGUUGUUGCUUACACGGAACUUGUUAUUAUGGCUCGCGUUCUCCUCGGAUGCUUGACAUGGCGUAAUUCAAUCUUGGCACCUAUAAUCUUUGCGCACUUCUUGCGCGCGCGCCACUUCCACUCCUUGUUCACUCGCGAAGCUGUCGCAUACGUCAAUAGCCGUGCAGAUGCCUUCAUCCGGAAACCCACUAAUCCACCCGUGCUCGCACAAGUUUGGGACAAAGUUCAAUACGCUGUCCAGACUUGGUCUGGAUCCACGUUGACACCCAACGCUGGUGUUCCUCCCCAGGCUGCACGAUGA